GAGUAAACUGAGAUGAACCGAAGUGCAGAAUUUUUGUGGUUGGUCGUCGACGAAUCUGCUCGGUCGUCGGCGAUAUUUUGUCGUUUGAAGGCUAAUUUGAAGGUUACUGAAGCCAUAUUUGUUUCAAGCCAAUUCUUGGACCGAUCGAAGUUUUGAGAGCUGCCACAAUGGACGUGGACCCGACACCGGCCGGCGGCGGCGGACCGUCUCAGGGUGGUGGAGGGGGCGGCACGGGCACUGCCUCCUCGGGAUCCACGCUCAAACGGUCGUCCAGCGCGCCGAUGAUCAACGAGCUCGUGUCGCAGGCGCAGAACAUCAGCUGCAGCUCCACUUCUGCCUCCAGGGGUUUCGGCUCUCCGCCGCUAUUCUCUUUCGGCGGUUCCAGCCAGACACACAAUCCGCGCGUGCGUCGCUUCAGUGCCACCUUCAGUCCGCUGGCUCCGCCCAGUUCUCCAGGCAGCAGCAGCGGGGUGCGCACACCGUCCCGACUGAUGCAGAUCCGACAGGAGGCCGGGCUCGAGGACCCCGAGAUCAAACACGAGCGUAGUGUGCACGCUGCGCUGCAGGUGUCGCUCAGCUGCGAGGAUCUCGUCGUGAGCUCUCGGGACGACUCGCUGAAGAAGUCGGGCGGCAGCGGCGGUCGUUCGGUGACGGACCCGCUCCAUCUCACCAUGCCGCAGCCGUCGGCGCUGCCCUACGGCUCGACACCGUCCCCCACUCGGCCGGCCGGCCGGCCGUGCUUCUCGCCGCAGAUUCCGGAGCGGCUGCGCGGCCCGUCGUUCAGUCCGUCGCCGUCGCCGUCUCCGACGCGUCGCUCGCCGUUUGCGGCCAUCAGCGGUCGGCGCAGCAUGUCGCCAAUCCUGCGGCCGAGUACGCUCGGAAACGCCGUCAAACGAAAACUGGACGACCGCCAGCCGGCGCCGGGACACAACAAGCGCUUCCACUCGGGCGGCGCGGCGGGAGGGGGAGGAGGAGGCGGGCUGCUGGUGCCACACCCGCUGGUUUACAGUACGUCCUCGCUGGAGGCGGCGGUGGGCGCGCUGCAGGCGGGCUCCGUCGGCUCGGUGGGUACCCCGGAGUCAGUGUCGUCAGUCGGCUCGCCGGGCCUCUCCUACAAGCAGGACGACUCGCCGCGGCCGAUGCUGGCCGAGACGAUGGACUCUUCGAGCGUGUUCCGGCCGGUGGAGUCGCCGCGCUCGUCGGAGCGCCGGCUGAAGGCGGUCGGCCACCACGAGCCGCCGCCGCCGCCGCCGCCGCCGCACAAAAUGGACGACUCGUGUGUGCCGAUGGAGACGGGAGGAGGGGGCGGCGGCGGCCCGGCCGGCGCCGGCGGUGGAGCGGAGAAGGUGAUGGGUAUGGACGUGCGACCUGUGGCGAUGGAAAUGGGCGGCGCCGGAGACGGCAAAAUGCCGAUGGACACGGGAGGGCAGAGGCUGCCCGGACAUGCCCAGUAUAUGCGGCAGAGCAUAUAGGCUGUGAUGGUAGCGUCGACUGUGGGACGGGGCUGCUCGGUGUGGUGGGAGGACGUGAGAGUGGAGACGACGGCGAGGCGUCUGUGGGCGGACCGGGCAGGCCACGAGGCGCUCUAGCUCGUGUACAAAGUAACGGUAGGCUGAGAUCGAGCUUGUGCCGUCUGUAUGGAAGGCUGCCGCGGGAGUUCAGCCUCGUAUUUAACCCGCCGGCGUCCGUCUCUAUUCGUCGGCUCAUCUCUGUGUGUUCAGCGCUUUGUGUUGGCGGCGGCUGACGCGCCGCCACUGCGCGCGGUCUGCUAGCUGCCGCGUGCUGCCCUGUGAUUUACUCUGUGAGAGCCGUGCCGGAUCGCGCGGCCGGCCCGGUUAGGACUUGUGUCUGUGACCUGACCUGAACGCGCCCGAGUGGUGUGUGGACGCUUAGCGGAGACGCUCGCUGGUUUUGUCUCAGAGGGGCGUCUCUGGAGUCUCUCUGAUGCUCAGAUCUCUGUUUAGAUUCGCUCGCUUGUGAGUCGAUCCCACUGCCCCGUUGUCUCCUUCCUUGGGCAAACGGAGAGCGCUACCGGCGUCGUCUACUGCGCACGAGUCCAUCUUCGAUGGAUAGGUGGCGCUGUGUUCGAAGCCUACGUGCUUGGUUCACAGACUUUUCUGCCUGCGCUGUAGCCAUACGGCACACGUUAUUGAAGUGAGUAUGAAGUGAAAGUGGUCGAAAUCUAUUAAACUGUAGUGGCGAGUAGUGAGUUUUGCCUUUGGUUGUUGCAUUUUUGCCGGCUGCGCUGACUCGAUGGCAUUUGAUUGUGUAACUGAUUGGUUCGGGUCGGCUGUUGCCGCUGGGACUGAGCGCCGAUCGUUCUCGGCGGCUGACUAGGCGCUGCGAGCGGCCUGGGCCGGCGAUGGGCCGCCGUUCCGCCUUCCUCUCUGUGUCUGGUGUACGUGUGAAGAGCCGGGCUGGUCCCGACGCUCUCGCAGCCCUCCUCGUCACGUUUUCAUGGUACUGCUAGUCAUGGGACGGGGUACCGCCCGGCCCGCCCGCUCUGCUCUGCCGGGCUACCUCUGCCGAGAACGACAGAGACGCGUGACUUGUGCGCGGCGCCGCCAGCGCCCAGAGUUCUCUGUGUAAUCAAGCUACCGUCAUUUUCUCAUUGUGCGCAAUCAUGUAACCCCCAACCGCGUUUUUUCGCGAUCAAGUCGUUGAUGUUUUUGUUUUUCUUUUGUAUGUUGUCCCGUCAGUGCGCCCAGUGUUAUCUCGAAGUGGAGUCGCCUCCGUAUCAGUGCACAGGGUGACCGGUGGACCUCCGUCUCCGUUAUGCGCAUGCGCGCUGCAUGCUCGCUCUGUCGGCGCACGGCUGGUAGUGUUUUUUUCUUUUUGUGUAGGCCCCGACUGGCUGGGCCGUCGUACGAGUACCUUCCUCAUUGGGACAAAUAUCAGCCGUGCUUUCAACCUUGCUGAAAGAAUAGACAUGUUUUCGAAAAUGAA